AGCAGAAGAGGAGCAACAUGGAGCUGGCGGCUGCGAUUGGGUUGUUGUCAUUCAUCAUGCUUCGGUUGAUGAAUGAAAGAAGAAUCACACGGAGAAGACGCCAAUAUCGACGACUGUUGGCACUUGUGAAUUAUUUGGAGAGUGGUCGUCCUGUGGCCUACUGCAGGCUGAACUACAACGUCCCUAUAUUGCGUUUGUGGUUCAAUGCGGAAGCUGAACUGAGGCAAGAGUUUCGCCUGAGUAGGAGAGCAAUGCAGGGUUUGCAGAGGCUGCUAAAGAGGGACGUGGAAGAUCAUGGCUGGGGCAGUCAACUGGAGGUCCUGAUCUAUGUCUAUUGGCUCGCUCAUGGACUGUCCUACCGUGUUGUCUCAUCUGUCUUCAGUGUGCCCCGAUCUACUGUCCAUCGGAUUGUCAACAAAGUGGCACGACACAUACAGAACAACCUGAAAAAAGUAAUCCACUUCCCAAGGGCAGAAGAUCUGGAUGCAGUUGGAGAAGGAUUUGGUUUACUUGCAGGACACCAGGUCUUCAACAACGCUGUGGGUGCAAUAGAUGGCUGCCACAUUCGUAUUAAACCACCACAACUUCACAGACUGGACUACCUGAACUACAAGGGAUUCUAUUCCAUCAAUAUGCAGGCCAUUUGUGACGCUGAGGGACGGUUCCUGGACAUUUUUGUGGGCUACCCAGGGUCAGUCCAUGACACCCGUAUUUUGAAGAACAGUCCAUUUUACCUGGCUGGACAGUAUCCUCCCACAGGAUACUUCCUGCUUGGUGAUGGUGGCUAUCCUUGUCUGGACAGUCCAAUAGCUGUCAUCACACCAUACAAGGAGCCUGUCAUCGGUGCAGUGCAGGGACGUUUCAACUUUCGUCAUUCGAGGGCUCGCUCAGUAGUUGAAAGAUCAUUCGGAAUAAUGAAGACAAGGUGGCGGUCUACCCUUUUCAAGGCUUUGGAGGUUAGGCCAGCCUUUGCUCCACUAGUGAUCGCAACAUGUGCUUUUCUGCACAAUGUGUGCUUGGACAAUGGUGACCUGCUGGAGCCAGAUGCAGAUGUUGCCCAGGACAUCUUUGACCCACAAGCUCCACGUGAGGGCCUUGCCCACGACGAGAGGUCUGGGAGUGCCACAAGAGACAGACUUGCUGCUCUGCUCAUCCAGGAAGCUCAUUAGGCUGAGAGCGUUGACAUCUGUAAAUAGUUUUGUUCUUGUGUGGUUAAAAUAUUUUUCAAAAUGUCGUUAAUAAAACUUGUUUCACAAAUUAUAUACUGUACAACAAGAUCAGUCAUGAAAUGAGAACAAUGAGAAAAUCUGUGGAAAAAGAAGGGCUGUUUAUUUUUCUAACUCAUACUUGAUUCAGAAUACAACUAUGGCUUUACCUUCAUAGCUCCUUAAUAUUAGCUGAAUCGUCAUAUUGUCAGUCACUGGUUACUGUCAGUUAAUGGCCUGUAAAUAUGUAAAAAUGAAAAGUUGAACUUUUUCUUUUUAUGGUUGUCACCACUGACCUCUGAAAACUGGUUUAAAAUAAAUAUGAUUUGUA